CGACCACAAAUCUUUUUCCAGCCUAGCUUUCCCCAUUUUGAGAUUCUUGCAACAAAAAAAAACACCUUUUUAAACCAAUAAAAUGCUCCACACAAUACCCAAGAAACCCUACAAUUAAAGUCCAAACCAAAACAUUCCUCAAACUCAGAAAGUCACUUGUUAUAGAGUGAACUUUCAGCUCUGCUCUUACAUUUUCAGUUUCCAAAAAAAGGGUCAAAAAUGCCCAAGAAAAGGUCGCCUAUUUUCCAAAAACUUUCCAGUUUAUUAAACAUGUCAAUUUUCAUAGCAAAAAUGAGGAAACCGAUAAUUCCAAGGCUAAUUUCAUUGAAAAGAGCAAGAAAAAUGAAGAAAUUUAGCCUACUCAAGCAUUACAAUUAUGGGUAUGUUCAAGAAUACCAAUUUUCUCCUUCAAACACACCUUUGCUUCAGUACCAUAAGAAAAAGUCACUUAAAAAACAGAAAAGUUACAGAGAUUUUUGCUCUGUUUUUUACAUUUCGAAAUGUUUGGGGUUGAUAAAUGGCCAAGGAGAAGAAAAAAUGAGGUACCCAAAGUUGGAGUUGGAAGGGUUAGCUUCUAUGGGAGAUGCAGUAGUAGGUAGAGAAUUUUCAGAAGGAUCAGAUUUUAUUGAGGGAGAUGAUUUCAUUGAUGAGAGAGCUGAGAAGUUUAUUGAAAGGUUUUAUGAAGAAAUGAGAUUACAAAGGCAAGAAUCUCUCUUGGAGCAGUUCAAUGCAUUGGUUGAUAAUUAAUGAACCCUGUUAUUCGGGACCGGAUAAGAAUUACUUUUGUCUCUCUCUCUCUCUCAUGAAUUUCCUAAACCUAAAACCAUGUUCAUUUUUUUUUUUUUACCGUAUUAUAUUCUUUGCUAUUUGAUUGCUUUAUCUUCGCUGUUACUUGAACCGAACGUCUAUCGGAAACCGUCUUUCUAAUUCUAUAAGGUGGGAGUAAGAUUUGCUUACACACUAUUUUCCCCGGAACCUAUUUAUGAGAUCAAACUGAGUUUGUUGUUGUUGUUGAUGA